CAUUUCUUGUUCCAUUUUGUUCGUCCAAGUUGAUUUAUGGUUGAUUGUUUUGUACCGCGGAUACAAACGAAAAAAAAAUCUAGUUUUUAUAACUAUUUUCUAAAUAAUGGACUACUAAAAAGAAUCUGCCUAUGUUGGUGUUUCGUACACAUACACACAUAAAUAACGUCGGCAAUUUGUGGCUGUGGCAAUUUGGGACAAUUUGAAAAUUGAUAAAAAAAAUAAUUUUAAUCAUAAAGUUCUAAUGUUAGGAAAGUGACGUGAUUUUAGUGAUUUAAAAUUUUGUGAUUAUUUUGCAUAUAUGAAGGACAUAUAAUCGAAAACAAAAUCAAUUUUCCACUGUUUUUUCUAUAUAUAUAUAUAUAAAAGAGGGGAAAAAAAAUGGAAGGCAAUGGAGAUCAGCAACCCGCUGCAAAUGCAGAGGUAGCGACUCUAAAUGAACAGGAACCCACCGAGGAGGGUGUUGAAGAAUCAGAAGAAUAUACAUUUGAAGGUGGCGAAGAGUACAGACAUUUUAUGCCCCGAGGUCGAGGGGGCUUUAGGGGUAGGGGUCGAGGUGGCUUUGACUUUUCAAUGCGUGGAGGUCCACCGAGAUUUAGAGGCAGAGGUUUUGGCCCUCGACCAAUGUUCCGUGGUCCGAAUAAUGGAUAUCCAUUCGAAGGUCCACCGCGUCCUAAUUGCCCGCCAGGACCCGCUGGUCCACGUUUUCGAGGUCCUCCACCAUUUGAUCCAAAUUGGGGUCCCAUGGGUCCGCCUAAUAUGAUGGGACCUCCGAAUUUAAUGGGCCCACCGGGAAUGCCACCUCCACAUAUGAUGAACGGUCCAAUGGGAGCGGGAGCAGGACCUUUUGGACCACCACCUGGAAUGGGAGCACCAAAUAUGAAUAACAUUCCUGGACAACAACCACAACAGGCACAACAACAGGCAAACAUUCCGGGAUUAGAUUUAAAUGGCGAAGUUUGGGUUGAAACAAAAACAACAGAUGGCAAAUCUUAUUAUUAUAAUAUUAGAUCGAGAGAGACAACAUGGACGAAACCAGAGGGUCCAAAUGUUAAAGUUAUGGGACAGGAUCAGUUGGAGCAAUUGGUUCACGGUGCAUCGAAACAAACGACAACAACCACGACUCCAUCGACAACGACAGUUACCCAACCACAGGGAAAUGAAACGAGAACCGCUCCCGGAAGUGAAAUUCCAGUUGCGAAUAAUACUGAUGCCAUGAAUCAAUUAAGUACAGCUCCUCCUGGAACUGGUCCUCCACCAUCUUUGACAGAAACGCCUGAAGUUAGUUUAACAACGGAAGUUUCUCAAGCAAAUGGUACUGCUGUUAGUGUAACUGCUGCACCGGUUGUAAAUACUCCUUCUGUAAACACAAAUAUGAUGCAACCACCUCCAAAUAUGGUUCCAAUGCAACACAGAAUGCCAAAUCAAUUUGGUGGACCAAUGCCUGCGCCCUUUGGUGGAGCUCCAUUUGGAAUGCCACCACCGGGAUUUCAACCAUUUGGAGGUUAUGGACCACCACAAGGAGGCUGGGGCAUGCCUCAAAUGCCGCAUAACGUUAUGCAACCACAAGUUCCAGCCGAAGAUCCUGCAAUUAUAGCACAAAUUGAUGCCGAAUUGGUAGCUGCCGCUAUGCUUUGGACGGAACAUCGAGCACCUGAUGGUCGACUUUAUUAUUAUAAUAGUAAAGCCGGAGAAUCUGUUUGGGAAAAACCGCAGGCAUUGAAAGAUUUUGAAAAUGCUAAAACGGCGGCAAGGCAAAAAACUGAGGAAGCAGUGGGAUCAUCAGCGGUAAUAAAUAAUGCAACGGCAGUGACAACAAGUGCCACUAAUAUUAGUACAACAGAGGCAACGAGUCAAGAAAUGACUGUCGAUAGUAAUCAAGAAUCCAAAGAACAUGCAAAAGAAAUGGAAAGUGGUAAAGGGAAAAAGGAAGAAACUCCCAAAGAAACUAAACCUUUAGAUAAAUCGAGACCAAUUUCUAGUACUCCUGUUCCUGGUACCCCAUGGUGUGUUGUUUGGACUGGCGAUGGUCGCGUUUUCUUCUACAAUCCAUCGUCGAGGAUUUCGGUGUGGGAAAAACCGGAGGAUCUUUUAAAUCGUGCUGAUGUCGAGAAAAUGAUUUCCAAUCCACCGGACGCGCUCGCGAGUAUCAAAAAACAAAGGCAAUCGGAUUCAAGUGAAAGUAGCGAUGAGGAUCAGCCACCUCCUGUGAAAAAAGCGAAACAAGAGGAACCCAAAGCUGCUGCUGCUGCUACUACUACUUCUACUACUGCUGCUGCUGCUGUUGUUAAAGACGAGGAGGAAAAGGAGAAGAAGACAAUUGACAUUGGAAAGGAGGCAGCUAUCGAGGCGGAAGUUAGGGCAGCAAGGGAAAGAGCAAUCGUCCCUCUGGAAACGAGAAUAAAAUCCUUUAAGGAUAUGUUGGCUGAAAAAGACGUAUCUGCGUUUAGCACCUGGGAGAAAGAGUUGCACAAAAUUGUUUUCGAUCCUCGAUAUCUACUGCUCACGUCCAAGGAAAGGAAGCAAGUGUUCGAGAAGUACGUGAAGGAAAGGGCCGAGGAAGAGCGACGAGAGAAGAGGAAUAAAAUGAAGGAACGCAAGGAUCAAUUUCAAAAGCUUCUCGAGGAGGCCGGACUUCAUGGAAAAUCGUCGUUUAGUGAUUUCGCUCAAAAACACGGGCGCGAUGACAGAUUUAAAAAUGUCGAAAAGAUGCGGGAACGGGAAAGUCUUUUCAACGAAUACAUUCUCGAAGUGCGAAAACGAGAAAAGGAGGAAAAAACGGCGAAACGAGAGCAGGUUAAAAAGGAUUUCAUAUCAUUAUUGAAAGAGCACAAAGAUAUUGACAGACAUUCGCAUUGGAGUGACUGUAAGAAAAAAUUAGAGUCCGAUUGGCGAUACAGGUGCGUAGAAUCAGCAAGUGCACGAGAAGAUUGGUUUCGUGAUUUUAUUCGUAAUUUGAAGGAAGAACGGAAAAAAGAAAAAGACAAGGAUAAAGAUCAUCGUCAUCGUGAGAAGGAUCAUCAUAAAUCAGAUAAGAGGGAUCGUGAGAAGAAGGAUGAUAAAUAUAAGGAAAAAUCGUCAAAGGACAAAAGUGAUAAAGAUGCGCCCAAGGAAAAGAGACAAAAAAAAGAUGUGAACAAUGAGGAAAAUGGAAAGGAAAAAAUUGAGAUUGUUGAAAAGGAAGUUGGAGAAAUUGACGAUGUUGAGGAGAAAAUUUCACGAAAGGACAUUGAGAAAGAGGAAAUGGAAGGAUUCUCCGAUUCGGAAGAAGAUCGUGAGAAACAAAAAAGGGAGAAGGAGAGAAGAGCUGAGGCAAGUCUUCGGGAAAGAGAACGAGAAGUGCAACGAACUUUGGCAACUCAUCUCAGAGAUCGUGAUAAGGAAAGACAACAUCAUCGACACGCCGAAGCCGUUCAGCAUUUUAGCGCCUUGCUUGCCGAUUUGGUUCGAAAUGGGGACCUUGCCUGGAGGGAAGCAAAACGUCAAUUAAGAAAAGAUCAUCGUUGGGAACUUGCCGAAAGUUUAGAUCGCGAAGAAAAAGAACGAUUAUUCAUCGAGCAUAUUGAACAACUUGGCCGCAAGAAACGAGAUAAAUUCAGAGAAGUACUUGACGAAAUAUGGUCGUCCUCUGAGUUUCCUGUUUCAUCGGAACUCACUGCAUCUUGGAAGGAGAUUAAAAAACUCUUAAAAGACGAUCCAAGAUACAUAAAAUUUUCCUCAAGCGACAGGAAAUGCGAAAAGGAAUUCAAAGAAUACAUCAAGGAUAAACUUGUAGCAGCGAAAGCCGAUUUUCGAGAACUUUUACAGGAGACAAAAUUAAUUACCGACAAGACACACAGGAAGGUACAGGAGAAUCGAGCAUAUUUAUUGGAAAUUGAGGAAAUAUUGAGAAAGGAUAAACGAUUUCUUGUUUUGGAAGCGACCGCAUCGGAACGUACACGACUUUUAAUGGGCUACCUCGAGGAAUUAGAGCGUCGGGGUCCACCACCACCACCCACAGCAUCCGAACCUUCAAGGAGGCCUACUGCAAAUUAAACCAGUCUUUUAGAUAAGGAUUGGGGAAAAUUAUAAUGAAGUAAAUAAUUUUACUUUGUCGUAUAUAAUCUAGUUAAGGAAAAUUUCAAUAUUUCUACGUGACUGUCGCAUGUAAUUCUAGGAUUUAAUAAAAACAAAAAGAAACAAGACCCAAGUUCUUCAAAAAUAAAAAAAAAAAAAAUCGUGAACGACUGACUAAUCGACCAUUUUGUCAAGAAAAAUCACCUAAAGGUAAUCGCAACGAUUUUCAACACGAGAUUUCAUGCAACUUCUUUUAGCAAUUUUUUUCUUUUAAACUCAUCAAUGAUUGAUAACUUGAUUGAAGCUCUGUGAAUUAAAUUAAAUUUCGUUUAAAUUGAAUAAUUUUUUUUUUUCUUGAAUUUUUAUUGUAUAUUGAUUUCUUUGUAAAAAAAAAAGAACAAAUUAAUUAAUUUGUAACAUGAGCUUCACAUUUGAGUAAUUAAAUGUUGAGAAUUUGUUAUAACAGAAAAAAAGUGGCAUAAACCAAAGAACUGGGAUAUACAUUUAAAAAAUUUCCAAGUGCAGUGUUUCACUCUGAUUCAAUGGGACAAAAAAAAGACUAUAAAAAUCUAAAAAUUGAAUCUUUAAACGAGUGUUUAAUUGUAAGUUAGUGAAAAACGAAACAUUUGUAUGUGGAAUUCUUUAGUUACAGAAAGUUAUAAGUACAUAAAUAAUUUGUUGAAACAUU